AUGGCUGAAGCCGAAUUUUACGAACUUGUCGGUAACUCCGAUAGCGAGGAUGAUGAAUUUAUGGGCUUCUAUCCAGAAGAUAUUGGUGAUGAAAUCGGUGAAAACUUUGACCUUGAUGCCGACAUUGAUUUGGAUGAUCAGGAAUUGCGGGAAAUUGAACAAGAAGUUGAGAAUGAAAUGGAUAGGGAAGAUCGUGACCCAAAGCAUAAUGCAUAUUUUUCUCCGUGGUUGACUGAGUUUUCCGAAAAUUCGGGACCGAAACAUGUGGAAGGAUCGGAGUCGGAUAUUUUUCUUACGUUAUUCAAUAAUGAAAUUAUCGAUAUAUUAGUGACUCAAACAAACUUAUACUAUGAACAGUACAUCACAAAUCUUGGUGGAGUUGAAAACUUAAAACCUCACGCCCGUGCGAGAAAGUGGACUGACGUCACGAACUCGGAAAUGAAAGCUUUCAUUGGGAUUAUUCUCUACAUGGGUGUAGUACGUUUACCUGGUUACGAUUCAUACUGGAACACUGAUGAGUUAAUAUCUUUGAAAGGGUUUACUGUAUUAAUGCCAAGAGAUAGGUUCUUAAAUAUUUUGUCAUUUUUCCACGCCGCUGAUAACUCACAAGAACCACCACGUGACAGCCCAAAUUUUGACCCUACCUACAAAUUUUCUGAGGUAGCAAAACUUCUUGUUUCUCAAUGGCAACACUAUUAUUAUCCCGGGAGAGAACUGUCUGUAGAUGAAACAUUAAUUCCAUAUAAAGGAAGGACCAAGUAUCUGCAAUAUAUCCCUUCAAAACCCCAUAAAUGGGGGCUGAAAACUUGGACUUUAGCGGAGUCCAGUACAGGAUACGUGUACAAUUGGGUGUUGUAUACAGGAAAAGCUGCUGGAGAUCCCACCAAAGGAGCUGCUCACCGAGUUGUAAUGAAUGUUACAGAACCUUUAUUACAUAAAGGUCAUCACCUGUACUGUGAUAAUUUUUUUACAAGCCCAUCACUAUUCCAGGAUCUUGAGGAUAACCAGACGGGAGCAUGUGGCACGCUGCGGACUAAUAGGAUAGGAGUUCCUAAUGCGGUGAAGACCGCCAAACCCAAAAAAGGUGACCUCCCAGUUGUUGUGAGACAGGGUAACAAACUUUACAUAUGUUGGCAUGAUAAGAGACAGGUGAACAUGCUGACAACUGUCCACAAUGGCAGUACAUACACCAAGACAGUGAGAUCUAAGUUUCAUGACGGCCAUGUACGCGAAGUUGACCACCCCAGAGCGAUACAACUUUACACACAACAUAUGGGUGGUGUAGAUGUUGCAGAUCAACAAACACAAUAUUGUGUAUCUCAACACAGAAUGCUAAAAUGGUGGAAGAAGUUAGUCAUCUGUAAUCUGCUUGAAGUGACUUUCUGUAACAGCAAAAUUAUCUGGAAAUCUCUCAAUGGAGGGAAAAAAGUGUCCUCAAUGAAGUUUCGGUUAGCUGUCAUUCACGGUCUGCUUGAAGGCUAUGAACCUACAAACAAGAGAUUUGCUAGGCCAGUGAACAACCCCCCUUCUAGGCUUACAGAGAAACACUUCCCAUCCAUGAAUCCCCACAUGACAGCAGGUGGACGUAGGUCAACUCCAGACUGUGCUGUUUGCUCUGACCGCGAGCAGAAAAAGCGACAUCAAACCCAGUUCAUAUGUCUUCAGUGUGACACUCCCUUGUGUGUGUACCCAUGCUUUAUGAGGUACCACAGCAUGGUAUAUUUCAAGAUAACAUGUUCUCCUGAGCUACACAAGUAA